CCCCACCACAAAGCCCUGCGGCUAGAAGGGCCGGAAGUGCACGAGAGCAUCUGAGCUUUGCCGCCGCACUCGCCACCCUUUGGGUCAGCUCCCGGGUACCGGCUCUCGCGAGCGGCCGCUGGCCCUCCGUGUCUGGCUGGCUAGAGCAGCGUUUACGCCGCUCAGUGGCUUGAGUUGAUUGUCACUGUCUCCGCCCUCUGCCACGAGUCCGUCUGGCCUAUGAGGUGCGGCUGGGUGGGCGGCCUGGAGCGUCUCCUGGAACGCCAUAGAGACGUGGUCCUCCGACAGCCCAGUCGGCCACCGAGUGUGGGCUAGAGCGCCUACGUCAUUUUCUGUCGCCUCCGGCUAGGUGAGGAGCCGCGGCACCUGAGGAGGACGCCGCCGAGCAGGGCAAACUCUGAGGCUGGCGAGGAAGGUGACAGGAUGGGGAUUGCACCCUGAGCCUCGAGGGGAGCUCGGGGUGCAGCCUGGAUCUGUCCCUGCCGACCUCAGAGGGUGGCUGCGAGUCCAGGUUGGGGGCGAUGGCGUCCUGAGAGAGGGCAUCAAGGCGUCUUUGCGGGCCCGAGUAGGAAGAGCAGGGUUGAGGACGGCUUAGGUCACCAGCGCGGCUGGGAGGCAGGCCGUCAGUUCCGAGCUGACGCGUCUACACCGGCCAGCGGCGCGUUAAGAUGGCUGGCUACGCCGCCACUCCCAACCCCUUGCAGACGCUGCAGCAGGAGGCGGUGUGCGCCAUCUGCCUGGAUUACCUCGAGGAUCCUGUGUCCAUCAGCUGCGGGCACAACUUCUGCCGCGGGUGUGCGACCCGGCUGUGGGGUAAGGAUGAGGAAGACCAGGCCGAGGAAGAGGAUGAAUCGGAGGAGGGAGAGGAGGGUGGGGAAGGUGGGGCCACCGGUGGAUGGGACAGCUCCAUUCGGGAGGUGUUGUAUCGGGGGAACGCUGACGAGGAGCCGUUCCGCGACCAGGAGGAUGACGAAUUCUGGGUCGGUUACAGUGGUGCGAGAAAUUGGGGCGACGUGGAUGAUGGGUGGGACCAGGAGGAAGAAGAGGAGGAGGAGGAAGAUCGGGACUAUUACCUAGGAGGCUUGAGACGUGACCUGAGGAUUGAUGUUUACCCAGAAGGGGAGGCGGCACUGGAAGCUUACAGUGAGGGGGAGGAGGUGUAUCCUGACACCCGCCCACCUCCGCGCCCUCCGCGGCAGUUCACCUGCCCCCAGUGCCGAAAGGGCUUUACACGUCGCAGCUUCCGCCCCAACCUCCAGCUGGCCAACAUGGUCCAGGUGAUCCGGCAGAUGCACCCCACCCCUGGCCGAGGGAGCCGGGCGAACGAGCAGGGCGUCUGUCCCGAACACCAGGAAGCCCUGAAACUCUUCUGCGAGGUGGACGAAGAGGCCAUCUGCGUGGUGUGCCGGGAAUCCGGGAGCCACAAACAGCACAGCGUGGUGCCGCUGGAGGAGGUGGUGCAGGAGUACAAGAUCCGUUUUCUGGGCAAAAAUUGAAGAUAAUUUGCAUUCAAGAUGUACUGAAGGAGUCACCACCAAGCACCAACUUCCACUGAUUCCCCUUAAUCUACUGGAAAUCUUCAGCCUUGCUCUCAGCAUAGACCAUCAUGAGAAACAGCACCUUCCGUCCCAGUUGUCUUGCUUUUUGAAGAUCUGAAUACCAUUCAGUGUUUCUGGUACAUACUAAAAGUUUCUUGUCAAAGAGAACUGUGUUCAGCUGAAUUUAUGGACAGAACAACCCCAAUGUUGGAACAAUGAAAGAGAAUCUAUACUUUACAAUUGCAAAAAAAUUAAAAAUUUCAGCAGUUUUAACACAUUGAAGCUUAAAACACAUUAUGAAAUACUUCAAAACUUACCAAAAAUAUGAAUGUAAAAAUAAAGCAUAUGUAAUGUAUAUAUAAGCAAAGUCGUGCUAAAAAUAUCUAAUUUUCUUGGCCAGUUUUUCAAGGACCAGAUUCAUGAAUGUUAUUUCAAGGAAAAAAGUGAAAUAUUCAGAAUUAUUUCAGAUAUGUUCCUGACCUUGUUCCUAAAACUUACCUGUGGUAGCUUAUGGGAAGAAUGUAUUCCACACCAAUGUUCCGUCCUCACUGGAGGAGAUUCAAGAGGAGUUUGUGAAACUCAAAGUCUGAUUGUUUUGACUAGAAUCUUCCAGCUAAAUACACUAGAGAAACAGGUGUAAAACGUCUAAACAGAUUGGAAGCCUUUAUUCCACUCAUUAUUCCAUUUUCUCCUUAUAUCUUAAAAAGCUUUUUUUCUUUUUGGUUUUAUCUAGCUGUGGGGAGAAAACAGUGCAAGAGUAAAGAGUGUUGUUGAAAGCAGCCUGUGUUUUUUUGCACCUUCUAUACCACCCAGGAAAGAAAAGUUUAGGCUUAACAGUGACAUGGUUAUCAUCAUCUGAAUAAAUUUUUUCCUUCUAAAAUUA